AAGCCUCAGCUUAUUAUUCACAGAGACAAAAGAAGGCUAUCACCUAUUGAUACCUCAGUCCCUCAAUUUUCUCUCGCCUCCUCAUCUUCUUCUUCCAAGCACCAAAAGAUAAAGACCAAACCCCUAAAAAUCAAAGUGCUUCAAAGCCAUGUCACCAGGACCAGUUGUUGAGGCCGCCGAGCCCGAGACCUUGCUCCAGACCCCAACCACCGACGAGCCCCAGAAGACUCUUGAACCCCAGAACGACGAGGUUGUUGUUGAGGAUGUGAAGGACGAGGAUGACGAGGAUGAUGACGAUGACGACGACGACGACGAGGAUGACAAGGAAGAUGGGGCACAAGGUGGGAAUGAGAGUUCUAAGCAGAGUAGAAGUGAGAAAAAGAGUCGCAAGGCCAUGUUGAAGCUCGGCAUGAAACCUGUUACUGGUGUUAGCAGGGUCACCAUCAAGAGAACCAAAAAUAUACUGUUUUUCAUCUCAAAACCUGAUGUCUUUAAAAGCCCACAUUCUGAGACCUACGUCAUAUUUGGGGAGGCAAAGAUAGAGGACUUGAGCUCACAAUUGCAGACACAGGCUGCCCAGCAGUUCAGGAUGCCUGACAUGGGAUCUAUUAUGGCAAAAUCAGACGUUUCUCCUUCAGCUGCUGGGGUGCAGGCUGAUGAGGAAGAGGAAGAGGUGGAUGAAACUGGCGUGGAGCCUCGGGACAUUGAUUUGGUCAUGACACAGGCAAGUGUGUCAAGGAGCAAAGCUGUCAAGGCUCUCAAGACUCACAGUGGGGACAUUGUCAGUGCUAUCAUGGAGCUCACCACUUAGAUAUGCUCCAUAGUCUAUCCUGCAGUAUUUCUUUUUGAUGAUUUUUGAAACUUAUUUCAUCAUUUAGUUAUUGUAGUCUAUUUGGCUCACAUCUAUCUGGUGGUUAGGUUACCUUUCUCUUUUUGUUGGACUUGAGAGUCUCAGACAGUUUUCAGUCACAGUGAGGUUGUCUUCCCGAUGAGUUAUUCUACUCAUGAGUAAUUAAGGUUUUCAUUACUGGUU